AUGCCGUCGCAUCGCUAUCGCGUGUUUUUGCGAGCGGGGAUAUCGGAGGAGCAUAAAGAGGAUGUUCUGCGAAGCUUCUUCGAGAAGUUCGGGACCGUGAUCGACGUUUACGUGCCGCGCGAUCCGUUCACCGGCACGUUGAAAGGCAUCGCGUUCAUCUCGUUCGAAGAAGAGGACGCCGUCAAAGCCGCGGUGGAAAAUGACUCUUACGAGAUCUGCGGCGUGACCAUCCCCAUAACCAAAGCCGAGCCUCGAGGACCGGAGCAGUCGUCCCGCCGCCGAGCCUACAACGACGACCGACCCUCCCACCGAGCCUACCCUCCGUCUUCCCUAGCCAUGGCAGCAGCAGCAGCACCCCGAGCCUCUCUAGGUUCGGCAGGCUUGGAUUACUACUCCGUGACUCCUCUAGUCUCGUCUGGCGGCUAUGGUGCCGGACUAGGUUCGGGAUAUGGAGGCGGGUAUAUACUGUCGAAUGCUAUGGAGGGGUAUGGGCGGAGCGGAGGAGGCGGAGGAGGCGGAGGAGGAGGCGGAGGGGGAGGGGGAGGGGGAGGGUUUGAGGACGAGUUUCGGAUCUUUGUGGGGGGCGUGGCGGAGGAGAUCAGCGAGCAGGACGUGAAGGAACACUUUGAACAGUACGGCACGGUAGAGGACGUGUAUUUCCCCAAGGACAGGGCCUCAGGCGCGCGCAGGGGCUUCUGCUACGUGCGGUUCAACUCAUUCGCGGCGGCGGACAGCGCCAUGCAUAGGGGGUUUUACGUGUUGCCUGUUAUCGUGCCUGCUGUCACUCGCUCUAGUGGUCCUUGCGCUUUUUCUUUGAUUGUAGACUCUCGCCUGGAUCUCUUCUUGUUCAGCAGCCUUCCCUUGCCUGUUUCUGCCUGCCUGCCUGCCUCUUUGUAUUUCGGUGCAUCCCUCGUACCGGCAUGGUAUGUAUGGUAUGUUGAGCCUCGAGGUUAG